AUGACAACAUCAGUCCGGCUGCGGAUUCGCAACAACCCAACGCUAUACGCCGAACCAUAUAAGAUGUCAAGACGCAUUUCCCGCGCCUGCCUAGCACUGGCAACGCAUACCUCCCCCGUCCCAUUCCUCUACCAGACCCGAACCCUCACCGCGCUGCGAUGCUCCAUAAAAUGGACCCAUCCCCGACAAUGCCGAUCGACGUCCAACACUUCCUCCACCCCGGAGCAAAAUCUCGAUGAAAGUGAAGAACAUCCCGGAAAAACCGAGGGGUCAGAUGGUCACACACCUUCCGGAACGGCAGACUCUGCCACCCAGGCCCAGGCACCGAGCGAUGCCAGCCCCAGAGUCCGGAAGAGUUAUCUGCAAAGACGUGCAGCGGCGGCAGCGGCGGCGUCUUCACCCUCGCAACCGCCUGCUCCCAGCCCACGGGCCACGUCCAAGCCGCGCUCGAGCACCAAGCCGCUGACGAUGACGCGGACCGAGAAGAAGGCGUUCAGCGAUCUGCUGGAGCAGCUGGGCGUGGACGAGAGCGGUGCGGGGGCGCUGGGGACGGCGACGGCAACGCCAACGGCACCGGCGGGCCCGCAGAAGCCGGCGCUGAGCGAGGAGGACCGCGUGGAGAUGACACAGGUCUCGGCGAUCUUUGACUCGGUGCUUGCGGAUAUCCGGAAGAGAAAGCAGCGGUCUGCGCGGAAGGCGGAGAGUGCUGUGGCCGGUGCGUCGGCGGAUGGGCUGGCGGCGAGCGCAACGCCUGGGGCGGAGACGCAACGUCAGCAGGGCCAGGGCGAGGAGCUUGGCUCAGACGGUGUGGGUACCUUAGGCCUGCGCAGCGAUGACCCCGUGUCUCUGGAACGAGCCAUCCAGUUGACCGUGCAGCGGGAAUCGGCGAAGAUCGAAGCCGCCCUGCGCGCAGCGAUCGACGACGGCCGAGGUGACGUCGGGAUCUGGGAUGUCUGCAAGGAGCGUAUCUUCUCCCUGCUCCAAUAUCUCGAGAAUAACCGGGUAUCCGAGAGCAGCAGCGACCCGGCCGCAACGCCGGCGCAGUCGCAAUCGCAAUCGCAAUCGCCAUCGCCAUCGCCCAGCAGCCCACUCGACAUCCCCGAAUCCGUGCCCGUCGAAGCCGUCGUCACGGCGCUCUACCCAAAGGUCCUCCUAAUCGCGUUCCAGCUGCUGAACUCGCAUUUCCCGGGCUCGCCGCUGAUCAGCCAGUUCCGGUUGACGAUCAAGUCGCACGGCCGGACGUCGGCGGUGCUGGGGAGUUCGACCGGUCUGUACAACGAGCUGGUCUACUUCUACUGGCGCGGCUGCAAUGAUCUCCCCAGCGUCGUGUCGCUGCUGGAGGAGAUGGAGGUGACAGGCGUGGAGCCGGAUGAGCGCACGUGUGGACUGCUCAGGGCAAUUACCGAGCAGCGGGAGCGAGACCUCAGGCACCACUGGAAACGGGUGCGUGAGGAAAACCAGGGCUCCAGGCGGGAUCCGUGGUGGGAUCUAGCGCCGAAUCGGAAAGCCGUGCGCGAGCUGUUUGGGCCGGAUGGGUGGUUGCAGCGGUUGGAGACGCGGGUGCAAGAGCUUGCAGGGCGACGGGAUUUCUUGUAG